AUGUUCUCUUGCUGUCUUCGAACUACUCAAGGCUCAGGACACAAGAAAAACAACAAGGAAGGCCAUGGUAGUGUCUGGAGGCACAGGGUUCAUUCUUGCCUUCAUCACUUCUGGCCAUUUUACAGAAAGAAAGCAAAAAAAGACAAGGGUAAGAAUGGAUCUGCCUCAGAAGACCAGAGGGAGAGCUGUACAGUGUCAUGCAUGAGUGCAGACACAUUGAAAAAGCUGGUGAACCACUUGGUGCCUUCCCUACAGAGUGGGGACCCCUUCUUUGUCCCUGCCUUUCUCUCCACAUACAGAAGGUUUGCCACCACCCUGCAGGUACUGAAUCUGCUGUUCAAGCGCUAUGAAUACUUCUGCCCUAAUUCUGAAGAGGAUGAGCAAGUAAAGACCACACUCUGUAGCUUCCUGGACACCUGGAUGGACAAGAACCCUGAGGACUUCUGUCAGACCUCAGACACGCUCCCUCUACAAUACUUGAAGACCUACUUGAGUAUGAAUAUGCCAGAUUCGGAUCUUAAUAUUCGUGUCAAUAGGCUCAUGGUUCAGUUGCAGAAAGAACAGACCAACGUUUCACAGGCCAAAGUUGAGGAAGACUCAGAUCUGGGGAGCAAUACAUCCUCAUAUUCAGAGCUUGAAGAGCACCAACCAACAGGGAAAACAGCCAUUCUGGAGCCAGAAUCAACUUGUGCACCAGAGCUGGAGAGCACAAAAACCGCCACAGGUUCUGUGACCCAUGAGGACUUGCUACCAGAUGUGUCAGCAGCAGUCCAGCCAUCUCACUGA